AUGGUUGGCAGGCUUGUAAAGUUCUUAACACAAUUAAAGGGAUCGCAUGUGAACGCACUGAAAAAAUGCAGCAGUAAGGACAGUUGUUUCUUAAAUAUAGUCUGCGGAAACGAAUCUGCAGAUCUUGAUAGUAUUGUCAGCACUAUAGCAUAUGCUUAUCUCAGCUUCCUUAACGACCCGUCUGCUCUUCUACUUCCAGUAAUAAACAUUCCAAAGGAAGAUCUAAAACUUAGGAGAGAUGUUUGUUACUUGUUAGACUCACACUCAAUAUCAAGUGAUUUGCUAUAUUUUAAAGAAGAUUUGCGUAAUUGGAGCAAACUACCAUCAUGUGACAUCAAUUGUGUUCUUGUGGACCAUAACGACAUUCCACAUACGAAUAAGGAUGUUUUACUAAAUGUUGUUGGCAUUGUAGAUCAUCAUAAAGAUGUUGGUUUACAUACAGAAUCAGUUGAAACAUUCUCAGGACCAAGAAUUAUUCAAACUGCAGGUAGUUGCUCCAGUUUGGUGUUCGACUAUUGGUUCAAAAUUUCAAAGAGUAAUGAACAAGCAUGUGCCGCUAUUAAAGAUGUGGUUCCACUACUGCUUGGUGCUCUUCUAAUAGAUACUGAUGACAUGAAACAUAAAGUAGAGCACAUCGACACCGUAGCACUCGAGGAAUACAAAAAGCUAUCACAAGAAUCUGUGGAUACUAAUCGACUGUACCAAAAGCUAAGAGAAGCUAAAGAUGAUAUAAACGGUCUAUAUUUUCAUGAUAUCUUAAGAAAAGAUUACAAGGAAUUCAACUUUAAUCCCGAAACACGUUGCGGUAUAGCUUCGGUCGUGAAAUCAAUUCAAUGGAUUGAAAGGAGGUUCGAUAAAGCAAAUAUUGAAAGUACCUGUACUAAGUAUAUCGAAGAAAAUAGUCUUGACAUUCUUGUUUUAAUGACUAGUUUCACUGAGAAUGAUAUCUUCUCGAAGCAAAUUGCUUUUCAGAUUAACCCCAACCGUGAUCCACAGCUGUUGAAAUCAUUAGUCAAUGACUUGGCUCCGAAGCUGGAUUUGGUUAAGAUUGAGUCAUUAUCAUCCAAGUGCUUUGAGUGCUAUGAUCAAAAAAAUACUAAAAUGAGUAGAAAGCAAGUGGCUCCCUUUAUCGAAGAGUUCAUACAUAAGUAG